AUGGAACAAGUGGACUUGUUUCUCACGCACAUCCCUCCAGUGACUCGGGUCUGUCUCGUGGCGUCCACCGUGUUGAUGGCACUAUGCACGCUUGAGAUCAUCUCUCCGUUCUCUUUAUAUAUGAACUGGCAGCUUGUAUUUGCACACGCACAAGUCUGGCGCUUAAUUACCUGUUUCCUUUUCUUUGGAACGUUUUCUUUACACUUCUUCUGGAAUGUUUAUGUCUUAAUCUUCUACUGCUCAACCUUGGAGGAGCAUCGCCGCAGUGCGACGUUUUUGUGGAUGCUUAUAUGCACUGGGGGCCUUCUUCUGGCAUUUUCAUACAUUUUCGGAGUCAGCUCAUACUUCUUCAGCGGCUCGAUGAUCAACGUCAUGACCUACAUCUGGGGUCGACGAAAUCCGAAUACUCGUCUGUCCAUUUUUUUUAUGCCUGUACAGGCUCCUUACCUUCCAUUUUUACUUGCAUUGUUAUCACUGUUAGUGGGGUGGAACAUGGCGGACCAUCUUGUUGGCAUUGCAGUUGGACACUUCUACUACUUUUUCGAAGACGUCUAUCCUCUGUUGCCCACGAGCAAGGGAUUCCGCAUCUUCCGCACACCUCGAAUAUUGAUGUGGCUCUUGAAGCAGCCGGAAGACUAG